AUGAAUCAACAGGAACGGUCAUCAAGUUCUAACGCAUUACCGGAAUCUGGCAAAUGCGUUUUGCCGCCGGGACCACCAUGUGGCGACGUUAGUAAACAUCUUCCUGAAAAUGAAUGCAGAAAAUGUCCCAAGUACAAGUGGUUAAAAGGUGCGCCAUUCACUGUCGACGCAUUUAAGUACGGUGCUGUAAGUGGGUGCAUUGGUUACUUUCUCACUCACUUCCACUAUGAUCACUAUGGUGGCAUGUCCACGAAAUUUGAGGGGACCGUUUUUUGCAGUGAAGUGACGGCAAGGCUUGUUAGAGUGAAGUUCGGUCAAUCGAUUUCUCUCGUUCCUCUUCCUACGAAUAUUUUUACGCGUGUUUACGAUUGCGAUAUUUUACUAAUCGAUGCCAACCAUUGCCCGGGCUCUGUUAUGAUACUCUGUCGACCCCCCAAUGGCGAAGUUAGUCUUCACACCGGCGACUUCAGGGCCCAUGCUAAUAUGCUGCAGGCACCAAGUGCUCUAGCAGAUUUCGUUCAAAAUGGACUGUCAAAUCCGAGGAUUGAUACAAUCUUCCUGGACACUACGUUCUGUGCCCCUCAAUAUGCGUUUCCACAGCAGGACCUAGUGAUUGCGGCGGCAGUAGAAAUUUCUCGUGAAGCGCUCCUUAGGUACCCCAAUGCACUUGUGCUAUGUGGCAUGUACACCAUUGGAAAGGAACGGUUCGUCGUCAGCCUGGCUGAGCAGUUGGAAGCGCGAGUGUGGCUUCCUGCCAAGCAGCGCGGCCUCGUGACGGCGGCGGCGGAGGGCGGGUGCGAGGUGUGUCGCCGCCUCCUCUCGCGCACCGUUACCACCUCUUCUGAGGCACGUGUCCACGUUGUCGAUAUGGGUCGGCUCAAUCCUCGUGCCGUCCUGGCCAGCUUUAUGCCCACUGGCAAACCUAUUAUCGCCUGGAAACCUUCGGGGUGGAUGUACAAUCCGCGUAAAAGGGUUACAGAUCCGACGCUCCGACGUCUACCUUGCACCCCUGAGACUUUUUUACGCCUGAGGAAUUGCAUUUCUGUCGAAAUGAUCGCAAAAACUGUUUACGUUUUCGGAGCUUCUUAUAGUGAACACAGUAGUUUCCUUGAGCUGAAGGAAUUCAUAACCAAGUUGAAACCUAUGAAAGUUCAACCCACUGUUUUUGGUGGAGCAGCCAAGGACGCACGCAAGCAUAUCGACGGAUGGCUGCGAUCUGAUGAGGCAGCCGACACUUCCUCCAACAAGGCCUGA